UUCCUGUCACAAGAGAAGAGGAGAGCCGAGAAAACUGAAGGGGCGGAGUUUCACGCAUAAAACAAGGAAGUAGAUGAUCUGCAGUUUUAGCUUCUGUGUUAGAAACGACGUCAGACAGAAAGCAAGGAGAAAGAUUCAAAAUGUUCCCAUAUUCAUUCUCCAUCGGACACUUUGUCACGGCACUUUGCCUAUUUUAUCUUGUGUCUUCUCUCACUGGUACAGAAGGUGCCUGUGAUCCACCUCCUAGACUGUCCUAUGCAGUUGCUAAGUCAGACUUUGGCAGCACUUUUGAAAAUAACAGAAAAAUAUAUUAUGACUGUCUACCUGGUUAUAGAUCCAUUCCUGGAAUGAAUAAAUAUGUCACUUGUUUGGGUUCAUCAUGGUCUGAUCCACUCAUAUUUUGUGAAGCUGUAAAGUGCGGGAAUCCAGGAGAAAUACAGAAUGGACAAAUAGAAGAGCCAAUAAACCAGACUUUUGGUUCCAGAGUGGUCUUUAAAUGUAAUACAGGGUACAACAUCAUCAACAAACUCAAUUAUAGGGAUUGUCAAAUUAAUGGAGAGUGGAGUAAUACUGUGCCCAUAUGUGAAGCACAGAUGUGUCCUCCUCCUACUGCUAUUACUGAUGGAGACUUUUCACCCCAAAAAGAUGAUUACCUAUACCAGAAUACUGUUACCUUUAAAUGCAACAAGGGCUUGACACUUGUUGGUACCGCAGCUUUAGUUUGCACAGCUCAUGGAAAUUGGAGUUCUGAAGAGCCAAACUGCAGAGAUGUUGUAUGUGACAAUCCCCGUGUUGAAAAUGGAAAGAAGACAUCAGGGUUUACUGGUCCAUACAAACUAAAUUAUGCUGUUACCUUUCAGUGUAAUGAUGGUUUUGAGCUCACUGGACCUGACACAGUAACAUGCACAGUCAACAACGUUUGGGAGCCUCCUAUCCCAGAGUGCCGGCAUGUUGUAUGUGACAAUCCCCGUGUUGAAAAUGGAAAGAAGACAUCAGGGUUUACUGGUCCAUACAAACUAAAUUAUGCUGUUACCUUUCAGUGUAAUGAUGGUUUUGAGCUCACUGGACCUGACACAGUAACAUGCACAGUCAAGAACGUUUGGGAGCCUCCUAUCCCAGAGUGCCGGCCUAAAGUUGAAAAAGAAGGCACAGAAAAUGCAGAGGAGCCUGGAAAUCGCGUGGGAGUAAUUGUUGAAAACCGAAGACUGAUUCUCCAAGCGCUCGUUAUUCAAAUGUCAAUAAUUAAUUUCUUUCUGGAAUCUUUUUUUGUUUUAUAGUUAAUCAAAUUUUCAUCAAAUCUUUAAAAGGAGAAUAUAGAGUAGAUUGAUAAUAUUUUGGACUUUAGUUUUACACAUCA